UUGAAGCUUUUGCAAUGGAGACUCGAAGCGGCCACUCUCACUCCCAGUCCCUCAGCCUCCUCCUUCCCCACUUUCAGUCCGAUUUCAAUUCCCUCUUCACAAAUCUCAACACUCUUCUUCUUCCCACCCCCAACCACCGCCGCCGCCGCACAAAUGCCCAUCUUAGGUUCUCCUCAACCUCCGUUUCUCUUCAAACCGAAAUCAAGAACCCUGAAAUCCCCAAACCCUCUCCUCAAAAUUGGCUGAAACCAGCCUCCCCGACAGUCCAGGCUCUCUUCAAGAACCUCUCUGUUCUCGAAAGGGCUCUCAUUGGUGCCGGGGCCGGCGGCAUUGCAGGUGCCUUCACCUAUGUGUGUCUUCACCCUCUCGAUACUAUCAAAACCAAGCUCCAGACCAAGGGCGCUUCCGAAAUUUAUAGCGGUACUAUGGAUGCCGUUGUGAAAACCUUCCAAAGCAAGGGGAUUCUUGGGUUUUACAGUGGGGUUUCAGCUGUGAUUGUUGGGUCUACCUUUUCUUCUGCCGUCUACUUUGGGACUUGUGAGUUUGGGAAAUCGGUUUUGGCUAAAUUACCUCAGUACCCUCCUCUCCUCAUCCCUCCAACCGCUGGCGCAAUGGGGAAUAUAGUCUCUUCUGCUAUAAUGGUGCCCAAAGAAUUAAUCACACAGAGAAUGCAGGCCGGGGCUAAGGGGAGGUCUUGGGAGGUUUUACUCAGGAUUUUGGAGAAAGAUGGUGUCUUAGGGUUAUAUGCGGGAUAUAGUGCUACAUUGUUGAGGAAUUUGCCUGCUGGUGUGCUUAGUUAUUCGUCGUUCGAGUACUUGAAGGCUGCAGUGAUAAAGGAGAGUAAGCAGGCGAAAUUGGAGCCGUAUCAGAGCGUUUGUUGCGGGGCGUUGGCUGGGGCAAUAUCAGCUUCAUUGACAACCCCCUUGGAUGUGGUGAAGACUAGAUUGAUGACCCAAGUUCACGGGGAAGCCGUAAAUAAGGUUGCUGCUGCAAUGGUUAGUGGUGUUUCUGCUACUGUGAGGCAGAUUUUGAGGGAAGAAGGAUGGGUGGGAUUUACGCGAGGAAUGGGGCCUAGAGUGCUUCAUAGUUCUUGCUUUUCGGCUUUAGGAUACUUUGCAUUUGAGACGGCUAGACUUACAAUUUUGGAGCAGUAUCUGAAGCAAAAGGAACUUCAAACUGAGGAGGCUCUUGCUCCCUCUGCACCAGCCAAUCCAAGUUUGUGAAUUUAAAUCGUAGUUCCAAUGCAGUAUGCCCUAUUGGUGAGCCCUCUUGUUCUAUAUCCCUUUGAAUUAUAUAUGCAACUGAACUUGUACCUGUUGUCUUAUUUUAAAGGCAAUACUUUAGAAGCUCUUUAAAUAUGUAUUUCUGGAUUUGAGGCAAUUUAUAUUUGUUAUUUCCUUAGUUAUCUUCACUAGUCAUAGUAUACCAUUCAACUUAUAGUUAUGAUGAUUAAUAAUGACCUCAUGUUUAGGAUGUUUGGUUGAAUUUCAAAGGCUUUUUAAGGAGGA